GCUGUCAUAAUACGAACUUACCGUAUUUAGGUGUGCAAUCCACAAAUAUUGCACCUGUGAACAUUAAAAUGCAUUAACAGUGGUUUAAUUGAGUGGAAAUGGUGUACCCGCUCUCUGAGUUCAAUUAUUAUUAUGUACUAUAUAGUAUCAACCGCAGUUCUAGUGCGACGUGAAACAUUCAAACUGAUUUUGUGUUAGUUGAUAUGUUAAUUUUAUCGUUUGAGUCGUUAGAUAGAUUAAUCUUCACAGAUAACAGGACGAAAACAUCAGACCUGUCACAUGGGCCAAUGUAUGUCUCGAAAAGCAGCUGGUGCUUUUGCCGCAUCUGCUGCCGGUGCUCACUCUAGGCCAUCAAAGAAAAAGCAUGCCAAAUUACAUGAGAGUCCGGAUGAUAACCAGAAGCACAACAUCUCAAUGAACAAGAACGUUACCAUUACUACCAAGGGGGUUGCAUCAUCUUUUGGAUUCAAACGACGUCCUUUGACUGCACCAUCUGCGUUGACCACAUCCAAUCAAGUUGUUGCUAGACGUCUAGCAUUCACAGAUUCCACGGACUCUAACGGAAACGACCAGGACACAAAACCUCUAACGGCACAUUUUCAGACCAAUGGUAGGUCGACACCAAGGUUGCCACCUCCAAAAAAGGAGGGAAGUGCCACUCAGGGUGUUGGCAGAUUUGGUUUUAGGCAAACAAAUUUACAGGUUAACCGAUCCAAUAGAGUAGCCGACUUGAACGCGGAAUAUCUGGAACUCAGUGCUCCUAGGGGGUCAUCCACGCCAAGAACUUUCCUCUCUUCCAAUAAUGCUGCUUCCCAGAACAGAUAUAGUACGAGAGGCGCCGUCAACAAAACAUCGACGAUCAGCGUCGACAAAAAUAGAAACCGGACCGCUACUGUCAAAACUCCCACCCAGACUGAUCAGAUCGGAAGGUUCACCCUUCAAACAAACCAACUACCGAAACCCCAGCCUGUUCGCGUUAUGGACACCAAAACAGCCAAAACUAUAGCUAAUAACAAUAUGAAGUUUUCAAGCAGUGGAUUCAGAAGAGCUUCGCCAGUUGAAUCAUUGAAGGACGGUUCCCUUACCGAAGAUUCUGGAUUGGGCAGUCACGUAGGAACCGAUUUCGAUUCCACCUCCCCACAAACACCUACUGCUGGAAAAAUCAAGCAUAGAAACUUGGAAGUAAUGGUUAAUGGAAACACCUUCGAAUUGAGAGAACCUGAUAUGGAGGAUGUUCCUCUACCCAAACUUCCAAGUGCUGUGUGUAGAGAAACUCCUGAGAGAAGUGUCUUCCAAAGCACAGGAAUGGUUCGAGAACGCACAUUCGCCUACGAGCAACAAAUCGAGAAGGAAAUAAAACGCAAAAUUUCUGCCACAUCUUCGGAAGGCUUCAGCGACGGAUCCUGCCAAAAAGAGGAGAAUACUCAGCACAAACCGUUAUUGUUAACACAAAAGUCGUUCCUCAAGCCGAAACCGUCACCUAUCAAAACGUUCCUCAAGACUAAAGUUAUCGAGAAUAAGGAGUUCAGUUCAGGCAGUUCAGAAGAUAUCGAAUUUGGUUUGGGAGGCGAAGCACUGGCAGAUGAAUUGAGCGUUUCAAUCAGUUCAAGUGACGAAAGUAAGGAUAGAGAUAUGAAUAAACAGGAGUCGAAGGGUUUCGGAAAUGUUAGAUUUCCCUUAACUGAGGAUAAAAGUUUUCUGAAGAAGUCCCUUGAAACGUUACCUUUGAAACAGGAAUUCAGGCCUGUAACGUUAACAAUUGCUGAUUCUACCCUGGAAGCAGCAGCUGCUGAAAGUAUUUCUGAAAGGUUGUUAGAUGAUGAGACUUCACCUGUAGACGAUAGUUUAUUGAGUUUCACGGAAUCUGAGGACGGAUCUAAGACGAAGAAACAUAAUUCAUCUGAUUCAAAAGACAUUAAUGAGAAGCCAUCACCAUCAACUCCGGGCACACCAAGCAACGGAUCCAAUUCUUUUUCCCUAAUCGAUGAAAAAGACUUUUUAAUAGAUGAUGAAUACGCUGAUCAACCAGAAUUGCUUGGAGAUAAAUCUCAACGAUCAGAAUCAACGGUGAUUGGCACUUCAACACCCAUAAAAAGGAGACAACUGAAGAACCUCGACAGUAAUCCUUUGUUCGUGAAAGACAAGGGAAAUCUAAGGAGCAGUACUAUAUCCUUGGAUACUUUAUCACCCUGUGAGAGUAUCGGGAGUGAUGAUUUGAUGAUGGAUUUUGAAUACAGUCACAGCAGCUUAGAUGAGGAUAAAUGGGGAAAGAAGAUCUCUGAAAGAGCAAUCACCUUCGAAGAGAGAAACUCUGUUAAUUCACUGGAAACAGAUAUAAAAAAUAACGAACAUCUCAGAGAUUGGACAGCUUUAUUGAAUGGCACGAAUGAUAAAAACAUCAGAAGCGGUUCUUCAAGACCGAGAUUUCUACGCUCUAGGACAGGCACCCCAAAUUCCAUCUGCGAUUCACCCAGUUCCUUAGAUGGCAGAUCGAAUGGCCGACAUUCCACCCCAAGUGGUUCUCUUCGACGUUUCGUCCACACUUCAUCUCAAGGCUACGAAUCCGACGACUCUAUCGUUAGAUUGGAUAGAACAACACAAGCCGCUAUCAAGAAUGACAUUUCCGCAGUGAAGACCAUGUUAUUCAAACUUAGGGGAAUCUUGAAUGAGCAAACCAUUGAUGAUGCAUUGUUGAAGUCCGAAACUCGCAACCCAUUCGAGGAACAAAUGAAUGGGCAGAACAAUGGUUUGGUAUCGGAACAAAAUGGAUUUCCAGAGGAGGCCGAAGAAGAUUCUGGAAAACUGGAAUUGAUAGACCUCAAGAGGCAAAUUCUGUUUCUGCAGGGUCAGUUAGAGGAUAAGGAAAAAAAAGUGAUGUCCCUCGAAAACCAGCUAACAAAGAUGUGUACGGAUAAUUACUUAUCCAAUUCAGCACCAGCCUCCACCACUAGUAUGAGCAGAGAAAUGAGCAAUGCAGCGACACAGACUGAUAGGAUCCGUCGACUCUCUACGGAACCAUCCUUGACAAAUUGUUCUCAGUUAGAGGCAACUCAAGGAAAUCUAGUCAGAAGUUCAGGUGUGACUGAAACUCCAUCCCGAAAUAGACCGUCUACCCAGAAGACCACACCUCCAAAAGAAGCUUCAGUGUCACCCAUGUAUCAACGUAACACUAAAGCACAUACUAUGAUUCCAAGGCGCUCAGAAAGUCGGUCGAGGGCUACGCCUUCAUCGUUAUCGUGAUAAUAAUCCUAUUUUUCUAAGUUUGUAGAUAAUUUCGAAAAGGAGAUAUAUUGUGACUCAUAGUUAUUCAAUUUGUAUAUAAGUUAUAUAGUAGAGAACCGGAAAUUGCCUUGAUACAACAAGUUUUUAUAUUUAUUUCAAAUACAACAUAAGGCAGAACAAAUGAUUUUUAAUUUAAUUAUUUCAGUCCGCAAGCGAUAGGUGAUUCAUUAAAAAACAAUUCAUAUAAUUAUUUUUCCCUUUAUGUAAGAUGGUUUUAGAGAUUUUUGAUUGAAUUUUCUUCAAUAAAGAUAUGAUAUGCCACAUGCUGGAAUUACUGGAAGUAAACUUGAAUUGAUCAUUGAAUUAAUGUUGUAGUGGGGCUCAAGUUUUCAUAGUGAAUGUCACAUGUAUCUCAGUUUCGUAUCAUAACUUAUCAUUGAUGUAUAAAUUAAUUAUUAAUUAACUUAAGAAAGAAUAAUUUAUCUGUGAUUUUAAAUAAUUUUUGUAUUAUUUUCAACGUUAGUGAAAUUCAUUAAUUUAUAUAUUAAAUGUUUCUUGGGUUCAGUAUUACAUAGAUUCGUAAUUAUUUUUUUCAGUUUUCAAACUAUUGUUUUCACUUGACAUAAUUCAAUUUAUUUCACUCUUUUUCCUCCUUACUGACAGAGAUAAUGAGAGGGAAGACAAUAAAUUAAUUCAUCACUUGAAUCUUCCCUAAAACUAUAACAUGAGUUUUCUUGUGAUGAAAUUUAUGUUGAAUAAAAAAUAUGAAUACGA